AUGCUGGUCCCUUCUGGAUUAACUAUGGUCUCACUCUUGACAGUUGCGUCAGCACUGGCUUCCAAUAGCACUGUUCAUACUGUCACUGUCACUCAAACGUUCUGGUCAACCAUUGUGUCUACACCUUCGUGCCCUGCACCCACCACUGUCACUUUGUGCAACCCUCUAAGCACUGCCUCAACUUCAACCAUCGCUGGAAAUGCAAACAUCAUCUACCAGACACUGUCCGAAUGUCAUGCUGGGCAGGUCAUCACCAUCGGUAGCGAGGUCACCACUCUUGCACAGGCCACCACUUGGACUGUAGAGAAAACCAUUAGCGAUCUUGUCUUUAUCCCGGACUUCGCUACUGAUAUUGACUAUAGUGCAGUUGCGACCGUCACGAACAUCAUCCAUCCUUCAUCUAUGACCGGCAUGAGCGGUCAAGUGGUUGUUUGCCGGACCGGAACUACAACUGUCGGUAGCGAUCAUGUCGUUCUUACCGACUGUCCCUGCACGGUGCAGUCGACUGUCCUCAGCUUGACUGCGACUGGUCUAGGAGCUGUACCAACGGCCCUGGUACCUUCGACCAACUACAUUGUCAAGAUAAUCUAUGUCUAUGUAAUUGAAACCAUCGUGGAACAGAUCUCUACAACCAUGACGGCGACAGCUACCAGUAUCCUUACGACGAUACAGACAGGAACUGCGACGGAUACAUCCACGACCACGACUACGCGUGCUCCUCGGCCUACGAUAGUGUCGGUGGACAGUGUUACCUUCCUGCUGGAGUACGACACAUCAUACGAGGGAGCCGGCAUUGGCAAUCUACGGAAACGCCAGGCCAGUAUUUUGCCUGGUAUCUCUGUGGAGCUCAACGCAUGUCUGGCCCAAUGUGCUCAGCAAGCGGAGUGCGUAGCUGCCUCUCUGGACGAGAAUACUUCUUCAUGUAGCCCUCUGGUUCGGUUUAACGCACUGAGCCGAAGGAAUGCUGAUGGCAAUGUUUUCGCCAUUGUCAUCUUUAGACCAUCAGCGUCGACAGGCCCUCCAGCCUCUACAAGUUCCUCAAACUCUGCAAUGCUUCCAGGCUCGACUGAUCGCGCAGAGUCUUCAGCGUCGACAAGGUCGCUAGUAUCGAUCAGUUCGGGAGUAUUCACUGUUUCGAGUGUCAGCACAACUUCGACCAACCCGACAUACAGUGGCACAACAGGCUCCAAUCCUAUCUCAGGAUCGAGCAGUAGAAGCAGCUCGAGCAGUGCUCUGUAUCCGAUAUCCAAUUCCUCGUUGCUUUCGACGACCUCCGAAUCAAGCUACCGAUCCAACUCAAGUCUCUCCGUCCCUGUGUUCGCUUCGUCGAACGUACUCACGAGGUCGACUUCGAUAUCCAGUUCAAGGGCAAAUUCGACUUCAACUUCAAGUCCGGAUCCGAGCACCCUUCCGUCCAUAAUGAGCAGUACGUCUAGCCUGAGCACACUUGGCAAUGCUACUUCCAUCUCCACCACUCUCAGUCCAGGUACGACUUCGGUCAACUCCAUCAACUCCACAUUCAACAGUACAUUCAGCUUGGGCAGCACAUCAUCUGUGGCCAACUCUUCAGCAGUCUCUACAACUUCAACAUCAUCCAGAACUAGUUCAUCUGUUGCUCCAUUUGACGGCUGUGCAGUCGCAAGCAAUAUCGCCGGAUAUGCGCCUGCCAUGUCCUACUGUUCCUCGGUAUAUCCUCUGACUGCAACUACCACCUUUUUUGGUGUUACAACCAUAGAGAUCAUCACGACGUCUGCUCCUGCGACAACACUCCUCAGCAAUAUCACUCUGACUACAGAAACGGCUGUGCAGACGAAUGAGGCGACAAUCACCAAGAUAUCCUACUUCCCAACCGAGCUCACAGUCACAGAAACUACCACAACAACCAGAACUCUAACCGAUAGUACAGUAUUUGUACGGAAGAGGCAAACGACGGCUACAGUCCAAGCCAGCAUGUUUACCAGCAUCUUGAAUCGACCAUCUUCUGAUGUCGCAAACGUGUGCUCUUGUCUGCAAACACCAACGAUCACUACAGUUACCAAUACGCAGACGGCAUUGAGCACAACAACCAUUACACCGAUCGUCAGUGGCAACUAUACGAUCACGCCUCCAAUCGCGACUGUGCAAACCACCGAAACAAUCACAGAUAUCAUCAGCGUAACCACAAUCACCGCGACAACAACAAGUACCGAGGUUGUAACAGCGACUGCCACACAGACUACCGCUUCAGGUUGUUCUGUUUCACCAGCGGCUGCAGUACGAGAAUCCGUGGUCACGCUCACUUCGACGUAUGCCAACACGUAUACUGAGAUCUUCACUACCACAAUAUCAUCUACACAGACGGUUACAACCUGCACACCGAGUGCAUUUCCCGCAGGUCGAUGUCUGGAGGGUGUUUACACUCUAGGCACAAAAUACUACAAUCAAUUAUGUGGUAGCUCACUGGCUGGUGGUGCCACUGUUCUUGUACUACCUGCGGCUCAAAUCGCCUAUUGCAAUCAGUAUUGCAGUGUUUACUCCACACUAUGUAGUGGAUACAACUACAACACUGCUGCCAGAGUCUGUACCUUCCUCUCAGGGUCGGCUUUGUUACCUUCUCCUGCUGUUGCUUACCAGGCUGCUGUGGCCUACACAACGAACCCCUGUGUGGCCACUUCCACCGCUAUUGAGGUCCAGUACUCUACUCAGAUCUCCUCGAGUGAUGUAACCUCGGUGUAUGAAAGUACCAUUACACUCUCGACAUCUGAAUCGCCUUGUGCGUCGAGUCCUGUAGUCACCUGA